AGUAAAGUAAAGCUCUCUGUAAAACCGCAGCAACUCAGAGAAUCAGUGAAAAGUCUUUGUUGUAGCUGAGUAUGAAACUUUAAUCCUUUAGUACCUGAAUCCUGUCUCAUUUCAGCAGUCAGUAGUAAAUCUCCACGUGUCUCAGUGAAGCAGAGCGAAGCCUGUAGGACUGAUCAUUUAUUUGUUUGAGUGAAAAGGAAGAAACACAGUUGAAGUCAAUGCAGCGGUUACUGUGUGAGAAGGUGAUGGCUUCGGAGAGCAAAAACCCCACCAGUGAGGGGAAAGACACCAGCCAGAGGAAGAUCCUCGUCUUCCUGGACCUCUUCUGCCUCUUCCUGGCUGGUUUGCCGUUCCUAAUCAUCGAGUCCAGCGCUGUCCGGCCGUACCGCCGCGGCUUCUAUUGCAGCGAUGAGUCCAUAAGAUACCCGGCCAAAGACGGAGAGACCAUCAGCGAUGGGGUUUUAUCAGCGGUGGGCACGCUUAUCGUCAUCCUCUCGAUCACGAUAGGGGAGAGCUACCGGAUCCACUUCCUCCAUGAGGGCUCCAACGCGUUUGUAAGGAACCCCUAUCUGUCGGCCCUCUACAAGCAGGUUGGGGUUUUCCUCUUUGGCUGUGCCAUCAGCCAGUCCUUCACAGACAUUGCCAAGGUGUCGGUGGGCCGCCUGCGUCCUCACUUCCUGGAUGUGUGCAGGCCAGAUUUCUCCCGGAUUAACUGCUCGCUGGGUUACAUCACCGAGUACCUGUGCACAGGGGACGACAGCAGGGUUCAAGAGGCCAGGAAGUCCUUUUUCUCAGGCCACGCCUCUUUCUCCAUGUACACCAUGCUCUAUUUGGCUCUGUACCUGCAGUCGAGGUUUACCUGGGAAGGAGCGCGGCUGCUACGGCCUCUGGUGCAAUUCACACUCCUCAUGAUGGCCUUCUACACCGGUUUAUCACGCGUCUCUGACCACAAGCACCACCCCACUGAUGUGCUGGCUGGUUUUGUACAGGGAGCCCUGGUGGCCUACUGCGUUGCAUUCUAUGUGUCUGACCUCUUCAGCUCAAAGGACAGAGGUUCUUCCCUCCCACCAACUCCUAUAAAGAAAGACCUUCUACCCACUGUGGAACGGAACAACCACCUCACUUUAGCAUGACUCUAACAGCCUAGGAUACGCUGAGGUGUCCAGGGCACACCGUCUGGAGUGGCCACUGGGCUAGCACUGGCUUUGCCCAUCCGCAGACUGGCCUACACUGGACAGAUGUAAACCACAUGUGAAUCUUAAUGUGCCAAAUUGAUGGCGUGCUGGAAUUCACGCCUACAAUACUAACCGUUAAACCUGAGAAUCCGUUCCAGAGCUGCAACGUUAAGAUGAAGGAGCCUUCUUGUUUAUCUCUUCAAUCGAUUCGUGAAACUCAAAUGGACAGCGACGCUAUUUCUGAGAAGACAUGGUUGUUUAACCUUAAGCGAAACAAAUUCCUAGCCCAGAGGAAGGAUUAUUAAUAGAAUCGCUACAUGGUGGACUGUGAAUUUUAUUUGAGAAUGUAGCGCGGUAUUCAAAACUCACGUCGAACUAGACUUGAAUGUUCGCUAAAUUAUACAAAGCCUCGAUCUGUUACGUAACAAAGCCCUGAACCGCAUGUUCUACAAAAUGUUUUUCGAUUUUAUGUAGUCCUUCUGACUUAUCUUGUUAUUUCAAGAUACACUCACUGACCAAUUUAUUAGGAACCCCUUUACAUCUGGUCAUUCAUGCGAAUAUAUAAUCAGUGUAUCGUGAGGCAGCAGCUCGGUGCAUAAAUUCAUGUAGGCAUGGGUUAAGCGCCUCAGCUGAUAUUAAGAUCAAAUAAGUGGCUCUAAAAACACAAAACCUACAACAACAACAACAAACUCAAAUAAUCACUCUUUACUAAUCACUCGUUCUUAAUAAUUUGGUCAUUUUAUCACUAUUUGGACUUAUCAUGAGAUAAUAAGUUCAAAUAAAUUUUUUUUAAAAAACUCGUGGUUCAGGGCUUCCGUAGAUUCUAAGCGAUGGUACUAGACAGACAUAUCAGACUGACAUUGGCCGGGAAUAUUGUGGUAUCAGAUAGGAUUAGACGUAUUUUGUAUUAACAUGUGUAUGGUUGUUAUUAUUGCCCAUCUGAAGCACGUUAUUGGCUAUCGGCUAAUUUUCAGAGCUCUAAUAGUGAAUAAGACUAGCAGGGGCUGGUUUUCACAUCUCUUUCAUACUGGGUAUUUAUCACCACCACCACCACCACCACCAGUGCCUCUUUCUGAGUGAAUUAUUCCUUACACAGUGUUCAUUAUUUGCAGUUGAGGUGUGUGACAUGUCACAGGAGGGGGGUUUCAAUCUGCUGGUUUAAGAUGAGGCCCGACAUAAAGAAACGCAGUUCCUGUAUUAUUUACCUUUUAAGUCGGUAUUCUUUUACUUGAUGUAUGUACUGAAUGAAGUGUUUGAGACCAGAAGUAUGAGAGGCCACUAUAGAUGUGUCCCAGUGUCAAAGUCUGUGGCUGGGAACCUACGAUUCUUUUUCUUUUCUUUUCUUUUUUUUUUUUUCAAAAUUAAAUAUAUUUUUGUGUAAUCAAAAAGACAGUGGAAACAUGUUGUGAUACCACUUGACGAAUAAAGGUGCAUUAUGACUAAAA